UUUUGUGAAAAAAGGGGUCAUCGAGACUGUUUCUAGUAUUGUACUCACAUGUUUCUUAUGCGUAAUAGUAAAUACACGUGCACAGUGCAGUAGGAAAUCGCUUUGAUGGAUAGAGUAUUUAUAAUUGUCAGUUCAAUACUGACAAUAUGCACUUUCGGAAAAACUCAAUCUGUAGAUGGCGAAUGUGCACUCCAACUAACUGGUUCGGGAAGGACUAGUUUCUUUGAUUUUAAUACCAAUACAUUAAGAGGUGGUCCACUUGGUUUUGGUCUACCAGGUCAAUGUAUCACGUACGAAGCAGUCAACCAAGCAUAUAUAGAUGCAAGAAAAAGAAUAAAUGUUGCACAAACAAAUAAAGAGAAGUGGACGGCUCAGGAGUUGGCAUCCGUCGGGGAACUAUUGUUGGACAUAUCCAUACAGUUGACUAAAAACUAUGGACUUUCGUACGAAGAAGUAGAAAAAGGAUUGCCUCAGAUCGACACGUCGAGAACUUUGAUCAGAGAGGUGUGUCCAGCUUUUUUGUCCAACGUCGAGUGUAGACCGGGCAAGUACAGGAGAUAUGACGGUCUGUGUAACAACGUCAAGCAUCCGACGUGGGGUGCUAGCAAUACGCCGUUCUCCAGGCUGGUCGGACCCCUGUUUUCUGACGGCAUGAGUGGACCAAAAGUCAGCAGCCUCAACAACCGAGAACUACCUUUAGCCAGAGUGGUCUCCAGGACAAUGCAUCCCGAUGAGGGGUACCACGAACAUGCAGCUACAGUGAUGUUAGUCGCUUUUGGUCAAUUUAUGGAUCACGAUUUCACACUCAUGGGAACACCCGCUGAUCCAAUUUCCAAGAAUGAACCAGAAGAGUGCUGUAAUCGACCUCCGCAUUUAAAACAUCCUUACUGCAAUGAAAUUCCUGUUCCUGACGAUGAUUAUUUCUACAGUAAAUUCAAUGUGAAAUGUAUCGAUUUUGUAAGAGCUUUUCCAUCUGUAAGACCAGGAUGUCGCUUAGGUUCAAGAGUACCAUUCAACACGCUGACAGGUGUAAUUGAUGCAAAUACGGUUUACAGCGUAACUGAAGAUUAUGCCAGACAUUUAAGAACUGGUUAUGCUGGUUUACUUCGCAUGAACCCAGCUUUUAUGGAUCACGGACUAAAAGAUUUGUUGCCUUUGAGACUUAAAGAUCCCGACGAAGGAUGUACUAGGGUGAACCGUUCGCAAUAUUGUUUUGAUGCCGGAGAAGUCCGAGUAAAUGAACAGCUGGUACUUGCUACUAUGCAUAUAAUAUGGGCAAGAGAACAUAAUAGAAUAGCAAAAGAACUUGGUAAAAUCAAUCCACAUUGGGAUGACGAAACUAUUUUCCAAGAAUCUAGACGGAUCGUCAUAGCAGAAAUUCAGCACAUAACUUAUAACGAAUUUUUGCCAACAUUGCUUGGAAAAGGGGUGAUGGAAAAAUUUGGACUCCUUUUACAAAAAGAAGGCUAUUGGGAUGGUUAUGACUCAAAUGUUAACCCCAACAUUCUAUCCGAGUUUUCAGCAGCAGCUCUCAGAAUCGGUCACACAUUUUUGCCCACUUCGAUUGAAAGAUGGAGCAAAGCUCACAAAUUCAUAGCUUCUAAAAAAUUGUCCGAUCUUAUCCGCCGACCAUAUGAUUUGUAUAGAGCUGGAGUUCUCGACGAGUACAUAAUGGGUUUGACUAAUCAAGUUGCUCAGGCUAUGGACGAUUCGGUAACACAAGAAGUUACAAACAUGCUGUUGAAGAAACCGGGUAAUAGGUUUGGAGUAGAUUUAGUAUCAUUAAAUAUCCAAAGAGGCAGAGAUUUUGGAUUACCUGGGUUUAUGGAAUACAGAAAAUUCUGUGGCCUACCAGCAUCGGACUUAUUCCAAAGUUUAUCAGGAGACAUGCCUAACUCCACUAUUCACCGAUAUUCGACCAUAUACGACUCUCCAGAAGAUGUAGAUUUAUGGUCUGGUGGUGUAUCCGAAAAACCUUUACCCGGAAGCAUGGCAGGUCCUGUAUUUUCUUGUAUUUUAGCUACUCAAUUUAGUUAUGCCAGAAGAGGUGAUCGUUUUUGGUACGAACUGCCAAAUCAACCAUCUUCGUUUACUCCAGAUCAACUUCGUGAAAUCCGAAAAACCAGAUUAGCUCGAGUGUUAUGUGACAAUACCGAUUUGAUCGACACUAUUCAGUUGUGGCCAAUUGUUCUGCCUGAUCACGAAAUAAACCCUCGAGUACCAUGCCGCAGUGGAAUCAUUCCAUCUUUAAAUUUGAACAAAUGGGCUGAUUUUCCGACAUCGUAAAACAUGAGUUUGUUCACUUCUAAUCAAAUACCACCUACUACAUUAUAUACAGAAUGGCUUAUUAUUCUUAUGAUUGGCUUUUAAAAAUCGAUGACAGAUUAUAGUGAUUAUUUACUGUGUAUGUAUUGGUAAUUUUAUAAACACACGGACAUUAAUUUUUUUUUUCUACAAUUUUGUUGUUAUUUUUUUAUUACAUAAAUAAGUGUUGAAUCCAAUAUAGAGAGUUCAUUUUACUUAAAUUAAUUAAAUACAAUUUGAGCUCAAAAUCAUUUAGAAAGUACUUGACUUUAGUAUUUUAAUAAAUGUUUAACCAUCGA